AUGAGGUGUUGUGCCCACAUUCUGAAUUUGGUUGUAAGUGAUGGCUUAAAGGUACAACAAUCUUCAAUUGACAACAUUAGGAAUGCUGUACGUUAUGUUAGGUCUUCUUCCCAAAGAACUAAGAGGUUUAAAGAGUGCAUUGAGGCUGAAUUGAUCAACUCGAAAAGUCUUGUGUGUUUGGAUGUUGCAACUCGUUGGAAUUCCACUUACAUGAUGCUAGAACAUGUAGAGAAAUUCGAAAAAGCCUUUGAUAGGCUUCAUGAUCAAGAAACUGAUUUUCGAAAAUGGUUUCUAGAAGAUGAGAAGGGUAAAAAGAAGGCUGGUCCACCUGUAGAAACUGAUUGGCAGAAUGCUAUGAUAUUUAUUCAGUUUUUGAAGAUUUUCUAUGAUGUGACACUUUCUUUCUCAAGUUCUUUGCAUGUGACUUCACAUAAAUGCUUUCAUGAGAUUGUAUCAAUUCAAUCUGAGUUGAAAUCUUGGAGUAGGAAUCAUUUUGGAAUCUUGGGAUCAAUAACAUCUUCAAUGAGUGAAAAAUUUGAUAAAUAUUGGGGGAAUAUUGAAAAAUUUAAUCCAUUAUUGUUAGUUGCUGUUGUCUUGGAUCCUCGAUAUAAACUUGAGUAUGUCACUUAUUGCAUAGAGGAUAUGUAUGAUGUGGAUUUGGCAGCAAGUAUGUCUACAUUUGUCAUGGACACCUUGAAUGACUUGUACAAGUUUUACUCAAAAGAAAUUGCUGAUCAUAAAGAUAAUGAAGAUGGAGAUUCUUCCAAUAGCGUUGUUGCUGAUGAUAGGCUUAAAAGGGUAGAUGGCCUGCAAAGUGUAACUCAGAAUAGGGUUCAAGUUUGGAAAAAGCAAAAAAAGGCUAAAGCGAGUUCAGACAAAUCUGAUCUUGAGAGAUAUUUGGAUGACGAGAUAGUGGAUUCUGAUGAUAAUUCUGAUUUCAACAUCUUGGAUUGGUGGAAGAGCAAUUCUUCUAAAUAUAGGAUACUUUCUAUCAUAGCUCGUGAUGUAUUGGCUAUUCCGGUUUCUACUGUGGCAUCUGAAUCUUGCUUUGGCACUAGUAGGCGUGUGCUAGAUGUCUUUCGAAGUUCUUUGUCUCCUAAAAUGACUGAAGCUCUUAUUUGUGCUCAAAAUUGGUUAAAUCCGGCUGGUUGUAAGUUUGAUGAAGAGAUUGAUCAAUUUGAUAGCACUGAGAAGAUUGUUGAUGAUGUUUCUUCUAAGAUUCAUGAAUCGCAAAGAGGGAAUGACACGCAAGAGGCUAUGCAUGUUGAUUGAACUGGACAACAAGUAUGAAGUGGAGAUUAGCCGUAGUCUUUUUGUAUAGGCUGACUUUGUUGGGUGAAUAGAGAAGUCUUAUAUAGCUCUGCAUGUCUUUUUGUAUAUGUAUGCAGAUUAUUAAGUAGUUUAGAACGCAAGAGGCUAUGCAUGUUGACUUAAUUGGACAACCGUAGUCUUUUUGUAUAGGUUGACUAUGUUGGAUGAAUAGAAGAGUCUUAUAUAGCUCUGCAUGUCUUUUUGUAUACAGAUGCAGAUUAUUAAGUAGAUCAGAUCGAGUUAUUAAGUAGAUCAGAUAGAGUUGGGAUGCAUGUCCUUAAAUUUAUGGUGUUGCAAUUUGAUUUAAAGACACUUUUUGUAAUUAUGGAAAUUAGACUUAUUGAUGCAAAUAUUUCUCCCAA